AUGGUGCGAGACCAUGCCGGAUUGACAGUCCUGCAUUGGGCGGUGAAGAGAGAAUCUGAAGAGAUUGUGAAGCGCUUGCUAAAGGUGGGAGGGAAGGAGCUGAUUGAAGUCAGAAGCAGCGAUGGACUCACUGCAAAAGAUAUCGUGAUUCGAAGGCAAAACAAGACCAUCAUGGCGGCGAUAGAAGCCGCGGAAAGAGCAGCUGAAGCAGACAAUCAGAUGCCGUACAAGAGGGCACAGGAGUUGAUAGAACGAUACAGUACAACAGAUCAAACAGAAGGAACAAAGUUGCUGAGCCUGGAGGAGUACAAGACGUUGAUCAAUCUCAUGCUGAAGGCGCAUGAAGGCAGCCUUGCGGAGUCAAGAUCAGAGGACCGGUUCAAGUCCGACCCCAGGACGCUUGUGUGCGGGCAAUUUAAACAUGCGGCUCAGGGUCUGGAGCCGCUGCUGCAGGUGAAGCUGAAAGAUGCUGUCUACGACAAGAUGAGGGAUGCGAUCAACAGCAUGAGGGAGGAGGUGGAGAGGCUCGGAGCAGAGGAUUUGAGGGAGGACUUGGAGUACGUGCUGUCGGAAGCUGCGAGGGAGGAAGAGAAGGAUAAGGGUAUCAUGGACAAGGGCCAUGCAGGGAUGAGGCUGAGAGAUUUCAAGAACCAUACAAUGGCACAGCAAGCAAACCUUUCCGAGGAGGAGGUGGCGGCCCUGCGCCUCUACACGCUGCCGAGCUUCACUCACAUCAAUAACCCGCUGCGAGAUCAGAACCGUGUGAAAACGAAGCAGCCGCACCCUCUCCCCCUCAUCACCUUCCUCAUCGUCGAGGGCCUCAAGAAGAUGCGAGCAAUCGAAGGAAUCAACGGCACGGGGAUGGAGUCUACGGUGCUGUGGCGCGGGAUGAAGAACUUGAUCUUGUCCGAUCAGUUCGUGGCGGAGGGAGGGACUGAACUGGCCCCCAUGUCGACAUCGCGAGACCUCCAUGUUGCUGCCGGAUACAGCAUGAGUGGACAAGCCUUGGUGUUCCGCAUCAAGACAAGGAACAGCCUGCAGAGGGGAGUAGACGUAUCUUGGCUGUCUGCCUUCCCGGCGGAAGAGGAAGUGCUCUUUCCUCCAUUGACGUACCUGCAACCGACUGGUUUGACACAAGAGGUUGAGCUGGGGAAGUACAAGUACAAGAUCGUGGAAGUAGAGCCAACGUUAGCAUGA